UGGAGAACCACAUGAAUGUGUCAGUGAGUCUGAGAAAUUCUUAAAAGCGCGGCCUGAUUUAGAAACUGAUGCUUUACACAAUGCGGAGCGCACAUUCUUUGUAGAUGGGUCCUGUUUCCGUACCAAUGAAGGGAAUCGGGCAGGGUAUGCCGUGAUAGAAGCAGACAAAACUCCCCCGGCGUUUAGGGUAGUUUUGAGUGUUCCCUUCCGCAACCGUGCUCGGCCCAGCUGGCAGAGAUAAAAGCCUUGACAGCUGCUUGUAAACUGGGCAGUGGACGACGAUGCAAUGUGUACACAGACUCUGCCUAUGCACAUGGGGUAUACCAUGUAUUUGGUCCUAUAUGGGCACAGAGGGGAUUCCAACGAGCCGAUGGGUCUACUGUGACCCAUGGAGAGGCGAUCUCGGACUUAUUGUACGCCAUGAACUUACCGUCAGUGGUAGCUAUUAUCAAAUGUAAAGCACAUAAAACAGAUGGCUCUUUUAUUACUAAAGGAAACGCGUUGGCAGACGAAGCCGCCAAGAAAGCUGCAGUAGGACCGGCCCAGAUGAUGGCGCUCACGCAGCCAGAAGAGAUCUCAGUCCGUCACCCGAUGGAGGACAACAUAGCACAAAUAGUGGAAGUGCAAAACACAUCCGGGGAAGCAGAACUCUCUACAUGGAUAAAACGGGGGGCAAAAAAGGAUAAGGGAACUGGCCUUUGGCGUAGCAUUGAUGGCAUGUGUGUGGCCCCUGCUAGUCUCCUACCGCUACUGAUAAAAGACGCCCACGGUCUUGACCAUACCAACAGAGCAGAGACGAUCCGGAAAAUAAGACAAGAAUGGUGGUCACCGUAUUUGGCAAGUGCGGUGGACCAGGCACUCAAUAACUGUGAAACGUGCAUAAGAAAUAAUGUGCGGAAGAAUUUUACCGCACCUCUAGGGCACAUUCCGCCGCCAAUGGGUCCGUUCAGACAUUUGAUGAUGGACUAUGUGGCUAUGGGGGCCGAAAAUAGAAAGGAAUCAAAAUGCUACAUAUUUGUAGUAGAGGAUCGGUUUAGUAGAUGGGUAGAGGCUACGGCCACUUCUAGAGAAGACGCUAAAUCUGCAGCCAAGUUUCUCUGUCGAGAAGUCAUUCCACGUUUUGGUAUUCCAGACUAUCUGAGCUCUGACAAUGGCGCUCACUUCGUCAAUCAGACCACUGAAUUGAUUACCAAGGCACUGGGGAUUGAGCACAAAUUGGGCGGUGUAUAUCAUCCUCAGUCCCAAGGUAUGGUAGAACGGGCUAACGGCAUAUUGAAGAGUAAAUUGGCAAAAAUAUGUGACAGCUCACGACUAACCUGGGUACAGGCCUUACCCCUAGCCCUGCUUAAAAUGCGCUCCCAAACUAUCCGCGUGACGCACCUUACGCCCCACGAAAUGUUGACAGGGCGCCCGAUGCCCAUGGCAUUUACACGUGCCCCGUACACGGGCCCCUCAUUAGAACAAUUGGAGGGUGAGAUGAAAAGCUAUAUACGCACCCUCACACAAAUCCACAGACACUUGUAUUCGCAGGUCCAAGAGGCGGUCCACGGCGAGGAAGGGCCCCGGGUGAGGCAAAUCGAUCCGGGAGACCACGUCUGGAUCCGAGUCUUCAAGAGAAAGAACUCUCUAGAGCCACGGAGGGAAGGGCCAUUUGAAGUGGUGGCUGCCACACCAACAGCGGUAAAAGUAGCGGGACGACCCCAUUGGUAUCACCUGAACCACUGUAGCCGAGGUGGAUUUGCAAAGGGCCACUGCUUCGUGAGUCAGCUGACGAACAACCGUUGCCCCCCGGUGAGCAACCCUCGACAUCAGGGAAGACUCAUCCGGCCCAGCCUCCUGAAUACUCGGCUACCGACUCCAGCACGGACAGUGAUAGUGGUACUGAAGAGGACCGUAGUCCGGCGCAAGGUACAAGGGCGCAGACCAAAAGACGGGCAGACCGGCAGACCCCUAGCCCCAUCUCCAGUCUCGGUGAGGGUUGGUCGAGCGACGAACUCACCACAGUUGGAGAAGCAGCUGGGCCAUCAGGUACUGGGGAAACACCAGUAA